AUGACAACACCAACUAUUAAUUCUACCACCGAGAGCACUCCUGAGCUUCCAAUUGAAUUAUGGCAAAAGAUUUGCUCGAAUCUCGCCGAUGCUCCAAAUGCUCUUUGUUUGCUCUCGCAAACCAAUUGCCAACUCGAAUCUUUGGCUGGAAAUGUGGCUUCAAAAUAUGAGGUGAGAAAAAUUAUUUUUUUAAUGGUUUUAUUGGGAAUUUCAACUCGUCUCACACACCAAGCUAACAAAAUUAAAAUUGAAUAAAUGUUAGUAGGCGUUGUGGGAAGGGUGGAUUUUUUUUCAAAAUUUUUUCUUGCUGUUGAAAAUUUUAUGAGCACUUUAUGAUUUUCUAGAUCUAAAAAAUAUCUGAAAAUCUUUCAGGCUCAUCUCCACGUUACUUUUCCAUCUCAUAAAUGUGGCCACGAACAACAAGAAACUUCGGCGCAAAAAGUGGAAUUUGAGAUGAUUAUGAAUCGCAAAUCGAAAUUCCGUAGUUCUGGGAAACUACACUGUCAUUCGAGAUUUUUCGCGAAAAUUGAGAAAAUCGAUGAUGCUUUUGAAGAUAUUCUCAAAUUAUUUGCUGAAGAAUUGAUUAGUUUGAGAUUCAAUAAUGCCCCGGAAGAGUGAGUUUAUUUUUUAAAAUGAAAAAUGUUGAAAAAAUUGUCUGAAACAGAGUCUGUUUAAUAGAUCAUUCUGAAAUUCUGACAACAGACUGGAAUUGACCUAAAUUUCACAGUUUUUCCUUCGAAUACUCUCAUUUUUUUUUUGGAAAAUUCCUAAAUAGUCUGUUUUUCCAGCGCUAAUUUCUUGUCGAAUUUCAACAAAUUCCAACUCCCCAAAAUCGACAACAUCUGUUUCAAUGGCACAAUUCCAAUUGGAAAUGGAGUCUACGAUCUUCUCCAAUGCUGUCCAAAUCUCGAGCGACUUGUUAUAAGUGAUCCUCAAGAGAAUGCCGAUUUCUCCAAGUUUUGGCCAAAUCUCAAAAAUUCCAAAAAACUCGAAGUUUUGGAUUUGAUGGUAACUUAAUUUUUGAAAAAGUAUUUUUAAUCAAAACUUUUAAUUAUUUUUGGGACAUCGAGUAUUUCCACCACAGUUCGCUCAACGAAUUCAAAUUGCCACCAAAUUGUCGUCAACUAUUUUUCUGUCCAAAAACCGACAAACCUUGUCAAGAUGCUGAAAAUUUGGCCAAUCUUGUCUAUUCAGCAAAUUGGAAACGGGUUUAUGUGAGUUUAAAAAAAAUUAGAAUAAAAAUUUUGAAAUAUAAAUUUUUUUGCAGAUUCAUGGCGCUGAGGUUUUGAAUUCGUUAAACUCAAAAAUGCAUAAAAACGUUGGGAGUAUCACGGAAUUUUGCUUUUCGUCCAAAACUUUCGUGCUCAAUUUUGUUAUCAAUUUUUUGAAGAAAUGCGACAAUUUGAAGAGUUUCAAUUGGUGAGUUUUGGGGAAAGUUGAAAAUGGGAAGAUUAGGGAAAAGUUAACGUCAAAUUAUAUUUUUUUUAGAAAAUCAUUUCUAAUUUUUUGCAGGUAUGGCUUGCACUCGUGCAUUGCUCCAAUCGUAAUUGCUCGACUUCUCAAAUCCCUCAACAAAUCAAUCAUUUUUGGUGGCUGCGUUGCUUGCAAAGAUAAUAAUCUUGUAAGCGAAGGCGGUUAUCUCGAAGUCACAAAUCGUCUUCCAAACAACAUUGCUUGCCAAGUUUCUCAUCUUCUCAGUCGCCCUGAAUUCCGCAAAAUCUACAGUAACCUAUUGGAUGAUGCAAUUCUCUUUGAGACCCGCGAUGCUACCGUAAUGUAUAUUCAAAAGAAAGACGCACAUUGUGGACCAAAUUGCUUGGAUAUUCAUCAAAUAUCCAAAAAUGCCGGUAUGCGUCUUUAA